AAAGAGGAAAGACGAUUGAUUCAUCUUACCUUCAUCUUCUUUAGAAACAAACAACAAUGUCAUAAAAAGUUUGAUCCUUUCUCUUUAGAUUUGGCUUUCGAAAAUGGCUCGCGAUCGGCGGGAAGGUCUGGAGAUUAAGGUGGUGAAUCCACCGGCGGCGACAAACAAUGUGUCUGUAGAAACGUCUCCGGCGACGGCGACGAGGAGACGGAGACAACAACGAGCUUCGUUCGCUGAGUUUAGACCGUUUAAACUUUGGUUUCCAUGGCUUGUUCCAGCUAUCGUGGUGGCUAACAUUGCCCUUUUUGCCAUUUCGAUGUUUAUUAACAAUUGUCCUAAGAACUCGGCUUAUUGCUCAGCUAGGUUUCUUGGGAGAUUUGCUUUUCAGCCUAUGAAAGAGAAUCCUCUUCUGGGUCCUUCUUCUUUGACAUUGGAGAAGAUGGGGGCUUUAGAUGUAUCAAUGGUGGUUCAUAAUCACGAGGUGUGGCGAUUGUUCACGUGUAUAUGGCUACAUGCUGGAGUUUUUCAUGUUCUUGCCAACAUGUUGAGUCUUAUCUUCAUUGGCAUUCGACUCGAGCAAGAAUUUGGAUUUGUACGCAUUGGAUUGCUUUAUAUGAUAUCUGGAUUUGGUGGAAGUUUGUUAUCUUCUCUCUUUAACCGGGCUGGUAUAUCCGUCGGUGCCUCUGGAGCAUUAUUCGGCUUGCUUGGUGCUAUGCUUUCAGAGCUUCUCACUAAUUGGACUAUUUACGCAAAUAAGUUUGCAGCUCUUUUGACACUCAUCUUCAUCAUAGCCAUUAAUUUAGCAGUAGGUAUUCUUCCACAUGUAGACAACUUUGCCCAUCUUGGAGGAUUCACAUCCGGGUUUCUUCUAGGCUUUGUUUUCUUGAUCCGUCCUCAGUAUGGAUACUUCAACCAGAGGAAUAAUCCUCGCGGUUAUGCUGCACCGUCUGCUAAAUCCAAACACAAGCCAUACCAAUACGUUCUUUGGAUCACCUCUUUAGUGCUUUUAAUAGCUGGAUAUACCACUGGACUCGUAGUGCUUCUUCGAGGGACGGAUCUAAACAAGCAUUGUUCAUGGUGCCAUUAUCUCAGCUGUAUUCCUACGUCGCUAUGGAGCUGUAAAUCUCAAAAUGUCUACUGUGAGUCGAGCCAAAUUGGACAGCAGAUGAACUUGACAUGUAUCGCGAAUGGGAAAACAGAGAUGUACAAGCUUUCUAACGAUAUCCCGUCUCGGGUUCAGCAGUUGUGUUCCCAAUUGUGCCGUUAAUACCACUAAACGUCUAAUUUUUAUACUCUGUAGAAAGUUAGGAAUGUCUUGGGGAAGAGAAAGAUUGUUCAUUUAACAUGAUCAUGCACUUGUGGAUUCUUCUUUCUGAUCAUUGUUUGGUUCCACUUCUUGUUUUGUUGCAUAUGUAUUGACCAUGAUCUAUGUAAUGAGAACAUAGGUGAAGAGAAAGUUGAACCAAGUUUUUGUUAUUUAACAUUUUAAUUAUAAAUCAAGAUGUUUAAU